GUAACUUUUUUCUUUGCUUUUUGUUUUAUUCGCUAAAAUAUUUUUUUAAACGAUACAGAACAUCUAGAACUACCAAUACAUUUAAUAUAAAAACUUCAAUUUUGUUUACGAUUCGGAUUAACAUCUUAUCUAGAUUCUAGACCUAGGGAUUCUAGAUCUCGUUUACUUAUUUUGGGCUAUCACCUCAUCCACUUGUUGAUGUGUUAAGAACACAGAAACUGAUGACGAAAACAGCACACUGUUAUUGUGUCAAACUUGUGUAGGGUUUGUGCAGCUAUUCCUGGUUGCAGCAUUGGUUUCUUCAUAGACUUGCGAGUAUACUGUUGCCCAAACAAUGACAUCUGGUUAUCCAGCUGGCUCCCUUGGUGCACAUGGUAUUGUCUAUCCAGAUACUAUCACAGAAGACUAUAAUCAGAAUGAAACUACAGAUAGCUUAAGCUCCUAUCAGCUGUCAGAGGAUUUGUUAGUGGAGCAAAAUGUAGGUAGAUCUAAGCCAAACAUGGCCUACACGCAUGAAGAACUUGGUUCACUACUCACAUCAGAGGAGGACAGAUUGCCCACAGAUUUAGAUGAAGAUCUUGAUGGCGUGGACACCUCACUCUUAAAUGUUCCAAGCAAAUGUGCCCAGCAAGCAGAAGAAUUUGUUAAAAAGGUCUGGGCAGCUGGCUGGAAUGUUGCUCACCACCAUACAUUGCCAGAUUGGCUUAAGGACAAUGACUUUUUGCUCAGGGGUCAUCGUGUGCCAACCAAUUCAUUUAUGGCCUGCUUCAAAUCAAUAUUUAGGAUUCAUACUGAAACAGGAAAUAUUUGGACUCAUUUGUUGGGCAUGAUAGCCUUCCUGGGCAUAGCUGCUUACUUCUUGACUAGGCCCUCUGUAGAAAUCCAGUGGCAGGAGAAAGCAGUGUUCUCAGCCUUUUUUAUGGGGGCCAUUCUCUGCCUCGGAUUUUCUUGGGUGUUCCAUACUGUGUAUUGCCACAGUGAACGUGUUGGUAGAUUCUUCAACAAAUUAGACUACUGUGGUAUAGCUCUGUUGACCAUUGGAUCUUUUGUUCCAUGGCUCUACUAUAGCUUCUAUUGCCGUCUUGAACCCAAGAUCACUUACCUGGCACUCAUUUUCUUCUUGGGGACCAUUUGUAUUGUUGUCUCUAUGUGGGACAAGUUUGCCCAGCCUCAUUACAGGCCACUGAGAGCAGGUGUGUUUGUGGCACUGGGGCUGAGUGGUGUCAUCCCUGCAAUGCACUAUGUGAUAACUGAUGGUUUCUGGCAUGCUAUAAACUAUGCAGCUUUGGGCUGGCUGGUCUUGAUGGCUUUGCUUUACAUUGUUGGAGCUGUUAUUUAUGCUGCUCGUAUACCAGAGAGAAUCUUUCCUGGAAAGUUUGAUAUAUGGUUUCAGAGCCACCAGAUCUUUCAUGUUUUUGUCUUAGCUGCAGCUUUUGUUCAUUAUCAUGGCAUCUCAGAAAUAGCUAACUAUAGACUCACUCUUGGAGAUUGUAUUACAAGAGAGAUGUAGCUGUCACACCAUUCCUGUCCAUUAUUUUAUUCAAAUGUUGAUUUCUCUAAACCCGUCUCAAUCUACAUGUGAACUACAAACAAAAAUGCACACUCCUACCUUCUGAUGAAACAAUACGAGGGUGGCAUUUCAAGGGAAGUGGAAAUAAAUACUCGUUCCAUUAUAAAUAUUAUUUCAAAAUUAAACUGGCUAAAAUGUAUGUACUGUAUCAUAUUAUUGUGCAGUGGAUGAAAGCUUGCUACACACCCAAUGUAUCAAUCAGCUUCAUCUACUGUAGUUUAAUGAGCAGACAUUUAUAUUUCUAAUCCUGUGUCUCUUUUGACUAUCAAAAACCUCUUGUCUUAUCAAAACCUUUGUGUAUAUGUUGGGGUGAGUGUAUAUAACUUUAUCUGUAUAUAAAGAUGUUGUUGCACCCAGGUCUUUAGAACAUUAAAAGUGGCAUACAUUUUUUUUGUUCAGCUGUGAUUUGAGAAGUAUUAAACUUUAUAUACAUAUCACUUUGUUAAAGGGUUGGAAAGAAUUUUUUUUUUGUGUCAGAAUUUAAUAAGAUUAACAGUAUUCUUUUUGUUUAUUUCUUUAGACAUUCCUCCAGAAAAAGAAGAUUAUUAUUAUAUCCUAGUCCAAAUCUCUUCUAGGGAUGGACGCAUGAGACUGAUGAGCUCUCUUGCAAAUCUUUUGCACCAUUUUAAAAUGAUUUUUUAUGAGAAAGUUAUUACAUAAUACUAGUUUCACCAUUUGCUUGUAACUGUUGUAAAGAGUCGAAUAGGUUGUUUUUUUUUUCUAUCUCUGUAACUAAUACAAAUAAAAAUAGAUAUAUUAUGAAGUGGAGUUAUUCAGAAAGAGUCCAACCCUUUAAUUACAUAACAAUGUUGUUUGAUAUUGUGUGCAUGUGUCUGUAUUAUUUGUUUAUAUUUAUUUUGCUGUUAGAAAUACUUUCAGCACAAAACUAUAUUGAUGAUGUUUAAAUGUGUCCCAUGAUUUUGUCCUUUUAUUUCACUGAUGUAUUAUUUUUUGUUUAAACUGAUGUAGGAAUAUUUUUUGACCAAAGAAAUUUUUUAAAUAUAUAUUGGUAGCUCCCUUUUUAAUUGAAGUAAUUGAUUGAAUGAAUUUUUACAACAUUUAAACUAGUAUGGACUUGGACAAAAAAAAAAAAGUAUUUUGAGUCUUAAUAGGAAGAACAUACAAUUUAAAGCAAGCUAGAUGUGAUUUCUUUAACUACCAGUACCCAAAUAUAUUAUAGCACUUUUAUAGAGUAUCAUUGUAAAACCAUUAAAUGUAUAGUCCAUUGUAAUUGAGUUAUCAUCAGAGAUGAGAAUGCCAUGUAAAUGUCGAGUGACAUCAAUUGGUUCGGCAGACAUCUGCUAUUCCACAAAGUUACCAGGUAUUUUUUUUUUUUAUUUGCUUUUGUAUAGUGCAUCUUUUUGUACUAUUGCAUGCACAAUGCAUUAUGAUUCAAUCCUUUGGUCAUGUGUGGGGGGUAGGCUAUAUUUUUGAGGGUUUCUAUACUGUCUUUAAGUGCUAGCAAACACAACUUGGUUCAAGUCAUUAUUUUAACUUGAGCCCCUCAUAAGUAGCCAAAGGGUUAAUUUCAUUCAGCGACAUCCCUAAUUGUUUUCUGAAGUCAAAUGAUCUGCCUGCUAGCCACUUUCAGUCACACUUACUGAGCAGGCAUACAAAUGUAUAUAUUACACAAUAACACAUUGAACCUACUAAAGAUUAUUACAUUUUUAAAGGAAAAAAGAGUUGUUUUUUUUUUUAACAUUUAUUGAGUAAUGUAUACAAGAUUUAUAUUCAUUUGCUAAUUAUAUCAUAGGAAAAAAGAUUUUGAAAAUAUUAAUUAUCUGUUUUUUUUAAACAUUCUUUGAUAUGUGAUUACAUUUUGAAACACAAUGUUUAGUGGUACAUUUUCAUCUAUAAGAUCUUUUAUAAGUAUUUUGCUUGAUUUGAUGGUUUUAUCCUUUCAAUCUUUCUAUUCAAAGUUUAGUGCUCAUGGAUGUUGGGUUGAGUUUUUCUGCUUCUCUUUCAUUACUACUUACUUACUCAGUCUAGUUACUAGGAAUGUUUUCUGGCUUGACUAUUUUAGCUAUUGGUAUUUUUUCAAAUCAAUUUUUGCUUUUUUUUUCUUCUCCCAGUUGGAUUUAUUUUUGGGCAUGAAGAAAAAGUCUGUUUAGAUAUCAUGGCAGUGUUAGAAGAUGUUAGUUCUCAUGGUAUUACAAUGGAAAGUUUGUGAUGGGGACACAUUGUUACGCACUGUCCUCACAACAGGGCAAAAAGUAACCUUAUUGUGGUGAAAAGGCCAUUCUUCUGUUUGUGACCAGUAAUGUGCUGGGUCUUACAUUCUGCACUUUUCUGUUUUUUUAUGCCAUUUUGACAAGAAAAUUUCAACAAAUCAAUGCCACCAUAUUUUAUGUGAUUAAUGUCUUUGUUAAAUCCUGAUGAGCUAAGGGCAUUACGGAUUACCCCACUCUUACACAUCACUUGCCUCACUCAAAUUUGGUAUAAAAAAAAAACACUAAAUUUAAUGCUUCUUCUAUAAAGAUUUUGUAUUUCUUAUUUUUUCUGAAAUCCUAAAAAAAAUUUAAUCAAAAUGUUUCCGAUGACUAAAUUCUCUGACGUUGAGUAUGUAGGCCAACUUUGGAAAAUGAAAACAGUAAUUUAAAUGCUGCAAUUAAAGAUUAACUUUAAUUAUCAAAGUAGUUAAAAUUGAAAUUAUUUUUUUUUUGUUGAGUAUUGUUGAAAAUUGUGAAUUUAUUUAUUGUGCCUAUGUGUAUCUGUAUCACAAGAUAUUUUUGUGUGUAUUUGUCAGCACCAACCUGUCUAAUGUAAUGAACAGACUCUUAGAUUAGUUUUCCUGCUUCUUUUUCUAUCAUAUUCUUGUUGCUCGAACUGAUCUCUGUUGGUGUAAUUUAAGAUUUGUCUUAAAUGGAGAGAGUAUAUAGUGUCGCUGUUCGUUUAUUAAGAAACACUGAAAUCUGUGUGAAGCUCUAGACCUAUAAUAAAAUAUACUUUCUUGUGACAUAAUUUGGUUUCUGUUGUCUAGGUGAAAGAUUUCACCUCAUUCUCAUUAUGGAAAGCACAUUAAACAUAGGCAUUAGUUCAUUGGUACCCAAGUUGGGUUUUUUUUUUGGCCUGGGGAGCCAUAGUGAUUUUCCUGCAUCACUGUUA